AUGCUCUUCCCGACGCAGUUGGCGUUGCUCUUAGCGCUCCCGCUCUGCGAGUGCUUCGGGGUGCCGCCACAGGCGACGGUAGUCGAUGAAGUAAUGUUCGACAAUGUGUCCGACCUUUCUGCGGGCUCAGACGCCAGCCAGAGGACCCAACGUUCGGCAGGCACAUACUACUAUGUGCACUCCGGCCAAUAUUGCGCGCAACGUGGCUCGAAACGCCCAUCGACCUGCGGAUACCAGACAAAUUCCGGAGGUUACUGCGCCAGACGGACUGGCAAAACGCGAAGACCUUGGGCGAGUUACAGGCGCUCGUCGCAAUCAGAGUGCAAGCAGGCAUGCGACGCAGCUGAGGAUUGCAACGCGUUCGACUGGAGUCCACAUCACGGCGAUUGCGCGCUUAUCGUCGGCGGCCACACGUGCACUGCAACAACACCCCAUUCGGAGUGGAACUCCUAUUGGCCAGCGCCGUGCUCGAUCUCGCGUCAGGCAUGCCAAGAUGCGUGCAACUCGGCGGGUUUCUGCUCGGCCUUCGAUUGGAGUCCCCACCACAACGAUUGUUUUCUGAUCAAACAGUGCAGCUCGACCACGGCGCACGGCGAGUGGAAUUCGUAUUGGAGUAAUGUUCCGAUUCGAGCCGCGUACACGAGCAUUUAUGAGGCUUGUGAGGAGGCUUACUUUAGUAACCUACCUUGGACCCACUGGUAUGUCAAACGUGGCUGCAAAGCCUUUGUUGGAAAAGUGUAUCCCGGAGUCGGGACUUCGGAGGGGCGGUAUGAACUCGGAAGCGACUACGACGUCAGCAGUUGCAUCGAUCGUUGCAACAUCGAGGUGUACCCCGACGAUCCCCUCUACAUUCAGAGGACCGGUCGAAAUGCUCAACGCAACUACUACCACGUAUGCAAUGACCCCACGGGCAUUUGCUACGGACCGAGCCAUUACGACUGCAUUCAGUACUGA